CCGUGGGAUCGUCUGUCAGGAAGCGGAGUCGUGGCGUCUGUAGGUCAGAGCAUUUCAUCCAUGUAGCGUUAGGUGGAGACCACACAUUCAUCCUCCGUGUUGAUUUGACUUGACACCUGCUCUACAACGGUGAGCAGAUGCAUCGGGCUCCCCUCGUACCCCCAUCAAGGCCCCUUGGGUGGAUGUGUGAAGUGGUCCUGUUAUUAAGACUUCGCCUGGAUGAAGGAGAAUCUCCCCAGACUGUAUCUCCAGGCUGUAUCCUGUGUAGUGCUGCCCCAACCCCACCCCCCCUUUUAAAUCUGCACUUCUGCCAAGAUCCUGGGGCCUCUUUAAUCACUUACACUGGGUGAUAAAAAGUCUGAGCUGCUUUGUUUCUUUUCCCUUUUUCCCCUCAUGUUUUCUUUCUUUCCCUACAUUUGUUGCGCUUCCCUCUUUUUUUUUCAUCUUACUCCCUCCUCACCUCUCUUCCUCCACAUCUCUAUCCCUCCUUGCUCCCCGCUCCCCAUUGUCCUUUUCUUUCUCACUCUGUCUUGCUUGCUGUCUCUGCUGUCUGAGUCUGUCUGGCGGCCCGAUCCUCCCCGGUGAGAAGAUGAAUGCGUUGGGGGCAGCAGGGUGGCGCCAUUGGCCGGGCAGCCUGGCCAGCCAUUGGUCCUUGUACCUGGCACUGCUGGGUAACUGUAAAUGCUGCUGGAUUAAUGGAGGAUGCAUACUGGUGCCCAUUGUCGGCCGUCUGCUCGCCGCUGCCCUGUGCAAUCUGCCACCGAGACUCUGAGCCACUCCAGCCCCCAGCAGGAUCGGGGCGAGUUCACAGCUCCGUCCGCCACACCAGCUCAUUUCUCAUGAUGAUGUUAAUCUGGCUGUAGGAUUGCAGUGUAGGCCGGCUGUCCCCUGCAGGGUUUCCCACAUGCUCUACUGUCUGCUCAGGAGCAACCCUCACCCAUACAUCACAGCGCUGGAGAACCGGGGGGACUGCUGGCCGGCUCUGCUGCUGGAGAUUGAUGACUUCAUUCAGCAGGCUGCUGACAGGCAUGAGCCAGCCUACAUCACCAUGCUGGCUCCCUUCCUGCGGUACCUGUACUGUGAGCCUCGGAGGCAGCCCCAGCACGCCCUGCUCAGACACAGCCUGCUCAGGGCGCUGCUGCCUUCGCGUCCCGGCGCCGGAGCGGUCGUCCGGGCGGAGGACAGGGGAGAGAGCUCCGCGGUGUCUGACGGCCUCCUGCGCUGUCUCUGCCAGAUGCUUCCACACAUGCAGGUGGACAGCGUGGAGGCCGUCCUGGAGCUGUGUGGGUUUGUUGACGCGCUCCUCCAGGGUCUCCUCCAGGCCCCCGAGGCGUCCUGGCGGAAGGAGCGGGCCGAGCUGCUCCUACAGCUGCUCUGCGCCUGCCACCGCUGCCUCCAGCUGAACGGAGACUGCCGACCGCUCCUCAGCCUCAUGCAGCAGCUCCUGCCCAGCUGCCGACAGGAGCUGCCAGUGGAUGAACUGAUAAUGGGUGUUGCCCUGCUCCUGCUAGACGCCCCUGCAGCUCAGCAGACCAGCCUGCUCCAUCUGGCUCUCAGUUUGACCCCUGAGCGGGGUGAGCUGUGCCCCUGGUUGAGCCCGGUUCUAGUUCUCCCUGUGCUGCAGCUUCGGUCGUGGUCCGACCUCACGGAGCCGCUGACUGACCGGAGGACACACAUGCUCAACCAGAACCUGACCCAACGCCUGCUCCAGAGCAUCAGCAGGCCGAGGGACGGACCUCGACGGGCUGAUCCGCUGCUGGCCCUUCCCCUCAGUCCCUGGUACGCCGAGCUCAGCGUGGCUCUGUCCACCCUGCACAGAGCGGCAGACGAUCCAGCGGCGGCCGCCGACUGGCUGCUGUCGAUCCGCUCGGCGCUGUCAGCCAGCCAGCGUCUGCCGUGCUCCCUCACCCUCAUUGUGACCCAUCUCAUUAUCGCGGGUCAGGACGACGUCUGCCAGCUGGCCCUGACGGCGAGCCAAGCCAUCGCCGCCGCGGAUCCGUGCCAGGUCCCCUCCCUCAUCCCUGUUCUGUUGUUCAGACUGGGAAAGGAACAGAAUCCCGGCCUGGCUCAUGCUGUGCUGAACUGCCUGCCAAACCUCGGGACCCAUAAGCUCUGUGUCCCAGUGGUUCUGCAGACUCUCCACAUGCUGGCCGCUGCCCCCAAGCUGAGAGCUGUGGCAAUGCGGCUCAUGACCGCCCUCUGGAAGAAACAGGAUCGAGUCUAUCCAGAGCUGCAGCGUCUGUUAGGUCAACAUGGCAGCAGUGUGGUGAUGGGGAGGGACGCCCAGUGGGAGCAGGUCCUGGCCAGGGCUGCCUGUAUCAGAGAUAUCUGCACAGAGAGGCCUUACCAGCAUGGAGGGGACAUGCUGGCUGCCAUCACGCUCACUCUGAAGCAGUGCACCCGACCAGAUGUGGCCAUUCCUGCUGCUCUCGCCCUGCAAGGACUACGGGGACUGUGUCAGGCUGAGGUGGUGGACAUUAUCUCUACGUGGAGGAGUGUGGGUCCUGAGCUCAGCGGUGACUCCCGUCCGCUGAUGGUCCAAGCCAUAGCUGAGCUGCUGGCGCUGGUUCCUCAGCUCACCGUCAAAUCAGAGGACUAUGAGAAUCUGAAAGAGGAGGUGGUCGCGUUUCUGUGGAAAUACGCUGUGAGCAAGGAUCCAGGCGUGGCCAGCUGUGGUUACAAGGCUUUGGCAAACUUUCCCGAAGCGGCCCACACAAUAACUUUCCUUCCUGAGGCUGCCAGACCACCUGCAAAACCUUCCCAAGAUAAAAGCGAUGAGCAGAGGGAGGAGGAGGAGGAGGAGGCGAAGGACCUGUCUGUCCCAGGUUCAUCUUAUGUGAAGCUGUUGUCUCUCACUCCCAUAACCGUUCUGCCAGCAUUUGAGCUCCUCCUAACGUCGCUGGUGAAGCAGGAGAUGAGUCAGAUGCCGAGGGGGGUGUACUUCUCUGCCCUGAGGGGUGGGAACCUGCGUUCAGACCAGGGGAAGACGGUGGCUGGAAUCCCAUCCUUCAUGCUGAAGACAUACGAGAAAAACAAGCAGCCCGGGCUAAAGCCUGGACUGGCAGCUGGAUUGCUGCACUGUUAUGAGAUACCCGCACAAACGGACCGUGAUGGGAAAGCGAUCGAUCGCCUCCUCAUCAGCCGCAGCCGCAGCUACCAGCAGAUCCUGACGGCCCUCAUUCACGAAGUGAACAUUCAGCCGUCUGAGUGGCACCGAGCUCUGCUCCUACCCCAAGCAUGGAGAGGGUUCAUGAGGCGAGCUUUCCACGCUGUCCUGCAGGGACGACGUGCGGACUUGGAAAUGCAGCAGAAACAAGGCAAAGAGAACCCAGCGGAGGUGCAGUACAAGCUCCACUGUGCCUGGCUGUGGGCCAGAGAUCAGCUCACAGACGUCAUAAAAGCUGCUACAAAGGACAGCCCUGUAGUUCAGGGAAACUCCAUCUUGGCUCUGAGCGGUCUGGCCGCUGUCCUCGCUAAAUAUGAGAGCAACCUGCCUGCUGACAGCGACGGCAGCCUCGGGGCUGGACCGGAGUUUGUGCCCACAGCCAGCUGGUUGGCCAUGGUGUCUGACACGCUGCUGAGUAUCAUCAGCAGCAGCUACAAGGCCCGAGGACAGGUUUUCCCCUGGUUCCUGCACCGCUCCUACUCGGGCGAGAACACGGCCAGCGCCAUCGCUCGCUCCUGUGCCAGCCUGGCGCUGUCUCUGCUGGUCCCGGUGCUGGUGGUCUGGCAUAGGGACGGCCUGGGGCAGGUCCUGCUGGCGCUGCAGGCCGGCCUGCCGGGCUCGCCCUCUGCCGACGACUCCCAGGCCGUUCAGUUCCACUCUGGCCUCGCGCUGGGCAUGGUGCUGUCCAGCCUGCACCACCAACGCCUCAGUGACGUCUCUGUUCAGAAGGACACAGAUCUUCUGGUCAACUCUCUGGAUGCUCUGGAAAUGUGCUCCUUCAACCCCAACCUGGAGUACAAUACUGGUUGCGUUCUGGGUCUGGGUCUGGUGCUGGCAGCUCUCGGCUGCAGUGGACAAAAAGAACAAUGCGUGCGUGUCAGCCAGACGCUGGACAGACUGUUGUCCCAGCUGCAGGACAGCAGUGGGCAGGGCCGCAUGCAGCAGGAGGUCCUGGCGUACACGGUGGCAUGUGUGGGGGUCUCGGCGUUCAGUGGGAGCCUCAUCGACGCUGCCAAGGCUGAGGAGGUCAUGAACACCGUGCGCACCCUGACUGAGGAGAGCCAGCAGACCCCAGGUUUCUCCCUGGCCUUAGGUUUCGUGGUCCACGGCCUGUCGACGUCCGGUCAUGGCAAGGCAGAGGACCUCCAGCCUCGACUGCUGGCUGCUUGGAUUAAGAUCUUGCUCGCUGAGGGUUGUCCCACCAUGCAGCGUUUGGCUGCUGUCAAUGGCCUGGUGGCCUUAGUCGGUUCUGAGAGUUACCUCAUCCAGAUGAACAGAGAGUUGGAGCUUUCCUCUCAGCAGCAGAGCAGGCUCAACGAGGUCAUACGGGCUAUUACACAGAUCAUAACGUUCUCAGGAGCCAUUGGUUUACAGUCCAACGCAGCGUGUCUGGCAGGUCAUCUGCACUUGGCCCACGUGUCGACCAGUCACAGUCACACGGCAGUUCCUCUGGAUUUCAGUUACCUCCCAGAGAAAAGUGUCAUCAGGUCCAUCAUCGAUUUUGUCACAGAGGCUGGAAAAAAAGGUCCAGAGCUCUCUCAUCCAGAAGUGGUGAGGACUGCCGUGACCUCCCUGGCAUCAGUUGGAGCUAGUUUCCAGUACCCACCCGUCAACUGGAGCUCUGUCCUGUCGCCUCUGAUGAGACUCGGCUUUGGAGCAGAUGUCCAGCAUCAGUGUGUGGCGCUGGCAGCGAGUCAAGUCCAAUCUUCCCAGAGUGCAUCUCUCCUCCUGCGUUCCUGGCUUUCACCGCCACUCGUGCACAGCCUCAGUCUCCAGACCCGGGCCCAUCUAUACGAGACCCUGGGCUCGUGGAUGAAGCAUGUUGCUGAGGACAAACUGCAGGUGUACUUGGAGACUCUGGGCCUGCAGCAGUUCCAGGAGGAGCUUCGACCCCAGCGCUUGCCCGUGUGCCGCUCCCUGCUGCAGGGCCUCGCUCAGGCCAUGGCCCUGCCAAACCCCCCCAGCAGCUGCUGGAGCCUUCUCUGCUCCACCACCGAGAAGCUCUUCAACCUGCUGCCCAACCACAUCCACGAUGAUGAAGUGGAUUUGUAUGUGGGAAUCUCCAAAUGUCUCUCUGAGAUGUCUGACACGGAGAUUGAGCGAAUCACUCGUGUCACAGAGGCUCAGAUGGAGAAGAGCUGCUUCGUCCUCACCUACCUGGCCUCUCAGGGCCGGGUCCCCCUCCUGGGUCUCAACGACAUCAUCGCCGGCGUGCUCCGCGGUUGGCCGAGCUGCAGAGUCGGCUGGCUCCUCCUGCAGGCGCUGUAUCAGUGUCGCCUGGCUGCCGGCGCCAUUACAGGCGUCUCCAAGCGAAUGGAGUGGCUUCUGGAGCUGAUGGGCCACAUCCGAAAUGUUGCCUAUGGUGCCAAGGCCGUCACCUGUGGAAACACCAGACUGGCGACAGACUUCCUGUUCCAGGUCUUCGCUGCGGCUGUAGUUUCGUGGGGCGACCACUUCAUGCCCCUCCUCCUUGGCAUCAGGGCCCAGCUGUUCCCAUGGCAACAGGGCUCCAGGCCGUCACCUCUAGCUCACAGUCUGUACGGCGCGGAGUCGCUCACUGACCAAGCCUUGCCCCGGUGCCUGCUGGGAAUGCCCCACAGCCUGGCUCUGCUCCUGAACAAAGAGCCCUGGAGCAGCCAGACGGACAAGUUCAUCGACUGGCUGUUCAGCAUCACAGACGGUCCUGAGCAAAACCUAUCAGCUUCCACCAUCAGCACAGCCAGAGGUGCCCUGUUGGCCCUGAAGUCCUCCGCUGAGUUCAAGAAGAAAGCUGUGUGGACCCGAACCUGUGGCUGGUAGCUCAGAGUUACCUUCAGCCUGCUGUUACCAUGGCGACGGGCGUGAAUGUCUUCAUAUGGAGAUUUGUCACCUGCAAACUGCAUCUUUUAUUUUCGUUGCCACCUUCCUCAAACGUGUGGAGGCGCACAGUGAUAGAAACUGCUCCUGAAGCUCCACUUGGGACUUCUGGCUUCAGGGUCUCUCUGUUUUUCUUUUUUUUUUUUAUAUAUAUCAGGUCCAGUGCAGUUCAGGCCUUUUUGAGUGUCAUUGCCUUUUCAUCUUCUUACUCCAUUUCUCCAGUUGGUCCUGUCGCUCCUUCAGCAGCUGCCAGACUGUUACACAGGCUCCUGAAAUGACAGCACCCCUGUUACAGGCUGGGACCAGUGAGUUGGUGCACAGGUGUCUGCGUGGGGUGGGGGGGGGGGGGGGGGUUUGUCCAUGUGGCUGCUAAAAGCUGCUCCUUAUUGUAAACUAAAACUAAAUACUGAUCAGAGAGAAAGUCAGAAUUCACCUGCAAACCAAACACCUGCUGUAGUUGCAAGAGGAUCACCUACAGCAGCCUAUACAGCAUAUUAGUGUGAAAACACAAACCUACCGGUCACUUCAGCCGUUUCAGUGGCACGUGGGCUUCACACUAAGAAGCUAUUGUGUCUGCAGUGGCAGUGUUUGUGCAGUGUUUCACACGUGUUUACACUGUAGCCGUCAGCAUCUUCUGCUAGCAUUUACACAGCUUUCGUUCCUCCGCUGGUCAUUCAUUUCAAUAAAUCAUUUCAUGGCCUGAGGAGCUGCUGAA